ACUUAACUCCUGAGGUGUGUUUUCCAUUUGUAUGAGCCAUGGGUUCUGUGGCUGCCAUCCUCGGCUGCUGUCUCUGUAUCCUCGGAGGUGUUGCUGCCAUACAGCAGGCCUUCCGCGUCCAGCCGGAUAACGUCACUGCUUUACAGGGAUCUACGCAGGUGCUGGGCUGCGAGGUGGAACAUGCAUCGGGGACAGUGCAGUGGGUAAAAAACGGGCUCCUGCUGGGACCUGACAGGAAAAUUCCAGGGUUCCCUCGUUACAGUAUGACUGGAGACCCACAGAAAGGGGAGUACAACCUACGCAUUGAGCGGUGUGAGCUGUCGGAUGACACUGAGUAUGUCUGCCAGGUGGGGAGGUCAGAGGUCAGCCUGGGAAUCAUUUCCAGUACAUCCUUGCUGACUAUCCUGGUACCCCCAGAAGCUCCUGUGUUUAAGGAUCAUGUUGCGGGGAGUUCCGUCACGUGGGUCUAUGGGGAAGAGUAUUCAGUCACCUGUAGCAUCCUCAAUGCCAAACCAGCUGCUCUACUGACCAUCACCAAGAGUGGGGUGGACGUUCCCGCAGAUUCCAGCAACAGUCCUGGAUCCGAGGAAAAACUGGAAAAUACGGAGAUUACUGCAAAGGUCACCCCGCAGAGCACAGAUAAUGGAAACCUAAUUGUCUGCUCGGGACUGAACCCGGCUCUCCAGACACCUCUCACCGUGAGCUUCACCAUGAAUGUGCUGUUUCCCCCUGACACCCCAACUAUUGAAGGUUACGAACAACUGGUUGUAAAAGCUGAUGAAGUCCUGAAACUGACCUGUACGUCCAAAAGUGGGAAUCCUCUGGCUACUCUGCAAUGGUUAAAGAAUGAUGAAGUGUUCUACACGCGUUGGGAGACCGAUGCCAAAAAGAGACUGUCUAGAAGUCACCUGACCUUAAACAUCAAGCCGGAAUAUAAUCUGGCUGUGAUAAACUGUGAGGCUGUCAAUCACGUGUCUCCAGGGGUCCUCCAAGCCAGCAUCACUCUCAGUGUUGUGUUUCCUCCCACUAAAGUAACAAUUCUCGGUUCCUCCAGUGGUCCCGAAAACACGUCUCUCUCCUUCUCCUGCUUUACUGCAUCCAGCAAUCCUCCCGUGUAUAUCCGCUGGUGGCUGGGAGUGGUGGAGCUGGCAGAUGCCAAUGCAACCAUAACAGAUGCAGAGCACGGGGGGAAGAUGACGAUGUCAAAUAUAACCACAGUGAUUCAGAGGGACCAUAACGAGAUGCAGCUGACCUGCGAGGCUUUCAACGAGGCUCUUCUAUACUCCAAAGCAAACAGCGUAAAGCUCAGCGUGCAACAUCCCCCUCAGAAGAUCUGGAUAGAGGCACCUCCACAGGACAAGCGAUUUCGCGCUGGAAGUCGCGUGAAACUCACCUGUUUCUCCAGUGGGGGGCACCCCGCGCCUCGGCUCAUCUGGCUAAAGGAUAAGAGAACGGUGUCAGACGGGAGAAUGGUUACCGCAGGAAAGAUCGUCUCCAGGGAGCUCAUUCUGGAGACGGUUCCGAGCGACAACCAGGCUGUAUACCGUUGCAAUUCAACCAAUGAUGGGAAGAAAAUACUGAGCGACAUGACCAAGCUUCAUAUCCAGUUCCCACCCAUAGAUGUUAAAAUUAUCAACCAGAAGAAGCCAUAUAAACGUGGAAGCACCAUCACUCUGGACUGUAGGACCGGCAGCAGUAACCCUGAGGCCACCAUAUCCUGGUUGAAGGACGGAGUAAUUCUGAAGGGGAAGAACCUGGGCACCAGGGCUGCAGAAUAUGGUGGGAGGUCCACCUCCAGUAGUGUCACUCUGACGGUGUCCUCUGCAGAUCAUGGCAAACGGGUCUCCUGUGAGGCCUACAGCAGCGUCCUGAAUGAGGGUGUCAACACCUUGUACAAGCUGGACGUCCUGUUUCCACCAGAGUUCACAGAUGAACAGCCAAAGAUGGUCCAAGCCGUGGAGCAUGGCGCAGCCCUUAUCCCUGUACAUAUACGCACCAAUCCUACUGCUGUCAACUACACGUGGUUCUGGCGAGGGCGAGAACUAACCCGAGGCGCUUACAGACAUCACCUGAAAGGAGCUGGCGCACUGGAAAUUUGGAACGUUAGCCGAGACGACUCCGGGGACUAUACCGUAACCUGCCUGAAUGCAGAGGGGACCAACAGCACAGUGGUGCAGCUGGAUGUGCAUUACUCUCCAUCCAUUCGCAGUCUUAGUGACCCCACAGAGGUGGAUCUGGGCUCAAGAGCUGAAAUCGUGUGCACGGCCGACGCAAACCCGGCUACCGAUACAAUGUUCCAGUGGAGAUGGCUGGGUGACGACGAGAGAGAUCUGUCCAGUUUGGAGCGGGAAGUAAAUGGCCUCACCGGACGUCUGAUCAUAAAUGAGACCAAGAGGACCGACGCCGGCCGCUAUGAGUGUACCGUGGAUAACGGCAUCCCUCCCCCCAUCAAGGCUGAUGCCCGUUUGAUUGUGCGUUUUAAGCCAGAAAUACAGAAGGGGGUGCACCUGAGUAAGGUGGCUGUACCUGGUGAUGGGAAAAGCUCUACAGGUCUUGUCUGCAAAGCAGAGGGAAUCCCAAGUGUGGCUUUCAGCUGGGCAAAGAAUGGUGUGACGCUGGACUUCAAAAACCCCAGGUACUCUGUGCAGACCUUUCAUGAGCUAUGGAUUCACACCAGUACAUUGGUCAUCGCUAAUGUGAGUGCAGUGCACGAUUAUGCCAUCUUCACUUGCACGGCCACCAACGCUCUUGGGUUGGACAGCUUCUCCAUCCAUCUAGUCAGCACAAGCCGCCCUGAUCCUCCCUCCAAUCUGAAAGUCCUCAGCUUCACGCAUAAUUCGGUUACCCUGGGAUGGAGCACGGGGUUCGAUGGGGGACUGGAGCAAAAGUUUCGCGUCAGGUACCGGUGGAGUGACUCGGAGAGCUUCAUGUAUGUGGAUGUCUUCCCACCACAGUCAACAGUGUUCUCGAUUACGGGGCUAAAGGGCAACACGGCCUAUAACUUCUCCGUGAACGCCAUCAACGUGCUGGGAGACAGUGACUAUGCAGAUGGCGGGGCCGUGAUCACUGUCACCACACAAGCGGGCUCCCAGGAGGACAUCCCCAAACCCGGAGAGCCAACUGCUGCUGUUCCAAAAACAGACUCUUUGGCAUGGACCCCAUACCUGUAUGCAGCAAUAGGCGCUGGAGGGGCGUUAGUCAUUAUAUGUAACGCAGGGCUGGUCUGCUGUUUGGUGAGAAGAUAUCGUAUCAGGGUGAAAGAAGGCGAUGCAGUAAAGAAAGACGACAGCAUGCCCCAUGGUGCCCUCAAUGAGUAUGGAGACGGAGAACUGAUCAACACACAAGCCAAGAAGACUCUUCUGAUAGACAGCGGCUCAGAUCUGAGCUCCAGUGUUUACCAGGAUAGUGCCUCUGAGUCCGGACUAUACUACUACCCGACCCGGGAUUAUCAUCCAUCUCUUUCUCCUCAGUAUGAGAAUGCAGAGAGGGGGGACCCUGGACUCCAGAGCUGGGCUGAGGGUGGAUAUGAAGACUGGUACGGUGCUUCUGAUGCCCAUGAAUAUGAGGAAGUCCAAGGAGGUUACCCGCCAUACACCAGAACAAGAUGGCAGCACGGCAUGGAGGACGGGGUGAGAGGGGACCGCCCAUGGGAGGGAUUUCAGGAGCCAGAUAGGGUCUACGAUGAACCGGAAUCAUUAUCUGCAGUGUAUGAAACGCCAUAUGGAGGACAGGGACACUUAGUGUGAGCCAGGGAUGCGGCACCGUGACUUCUAAAUCCACUCCCAAAUGUUAGUUCAAACCUUGGUUCGCAGAUCACUUACUGUAGCUCCACUAAUAAAACAAAGAUGGAGACCCCCCCCCCCCCCCCCCAAGCAAAAACAAUGAAUUUGUCCUAAACUUGAUUUUCACCCUUUUUUAUGUUUUCUAGGACUAGGCAAUCUGCCUGGGUUCCUGAUAAGGGUGGUGGUGGUAAGGAGAGCCUGGGACUUCACACCCUCUUUUUUUUUUUUGUGGCAUUCGGUAACCUCUUUUUACAAUAGUAUAGUACUUUUUACUUAAAAGCUCCUUUAAGUUCGAUAUGUUAUAUUACAAAUGAAAUUGUAGUUUCUUCCGUUUCCUGUGUUGUAAUAACAGCUCAUGAUAUUACUGCAUAAGUUGUUUACUGGACGCUGCCAUAUCCCAAGCCACUUAAAUUUUUUUACAUCAAUUAGUUGACAGAAAUAUACUAUAAAGAAGACUUUGGGUCUAAUUCAGAC